AUGACAAACUUAGAAAACAUCUGCGGUAAAUUUAACUCUUCAAUAGAGAAUAUGAAACUUAUAGUAUGUAACGAACUUCAAAGUAUAGAUACAACAAAAGUUUUGAACUCAGAUGCUUUGAAGAGUCUUAUAACAGACAAAGUUGGAGUUGUUGAAAGAAAAUAUAAAGACCAAAGAGUUUGUGAAAAUGUUGCAAACUUCAUUAUGGUUUCAAACAAUGCUGUUCCGAUGAAAUUAGAAAGUUCUGACAGAAGAUAUGUAGUUGUCAGAACGUCAGAUUCUCAUAUGCAAGAUACAGAAUAUUUUGACGACUUAGCAGAAACUUUGACAUCUGACUUUUACAACCACUUGUUCUCAUAUUUUAUGACAUUAGAUAUUUCAAAGUUCAAUCCAAGACAAAUUCCACAUACCGAAGAGAGACAAACAUUGUUAGAAGCAAACAAGAGUGUAUAUGAACUGUUCAUAGAUGAAACUGACUUUGUGUCAUUAGAUGAAAGGUCAUUGUACGAUUCGUAUAAACAAUAUUGUCAAGAAUAUGGUUAUAUGACAGCGUCUAAACGAACAUUCUUGGCAAAUGUCAAAAGUCUUUUAGACGUACAGAAUGGUGUAUAUACAAAGAAAAAUUUUUCUGAGUAA